GUCAGCUAAUAUGGGUGUGAGUGAGGCGCUUUUAUUUUGAAAUGCCGCUUUCUGCCAGCUAGCAAGUUUCUGAAAAAAAAAUCCUCGGAUAGUUGUGAUCUGAUUAAAUACCUUCUGUAAACCUGGACUAUCCUGAAUGCCAGCGAUAUUAUAAUUCAUAAUACAAAUAGCAUUUAUUUUAAUUUCCAUAACAGAACGCCAGAGACACCGUUGUCAGUUUAGACAAAUAAAUAAAAGUUAUUCUGACCUGUUUAGAUUAGCUGUUAGCGGAUUAGCUUCAGUCUUGGCUGUUUUAAACAAAGCAGGUCCUGCCCAAAAACACCAUGAAACUCUACAGUCUGAGCAUCUUGUAUAAAAGCUCAACGAAGACCAACCUGCUGAAGGCGGCGUACGAUCUGUCAUCAUUCAGUUUCUUCCAGAGAUCCAGUGUUCAGGAGUUCAUGACAUUCACCAGCGCUCUGAUCGUAGAGCGUUCAGCAUUAGGAAGUCGCGCGUCUGUCAAAGAACAAGAGUACUUGUGUCACGUGUACGUGCGGAAUGACAAUCUCGGUGGCGUUGUGAUCGCAGACAGUGAAUAUCCCUCCAGAGUCUGCUUCACUUUACUUGAUAAGGUGUUGGAUGAGUUCUCCAAGCAGGUGAACAGUAUAGACUGGCCUUCUGGAUCACCUGCGACCAUUCAGUACACGGCACUGGACAGCCAUCUGGCUAGAUACCAGAAUCCACGUGAGGCUGACGCUAUGACCAAAGUGCAAGCUGAACUGGACGAAACCAAAAUUAUUUUGCACAACACGAUGGAGUCGCUGCUGGAGAGAGGAGAAAAACUGGAUGAUUUAGUUCAGAAAUCAGAGCAUCUGGGAAACCAAUCAAAAGCCUUUUAUAAAACGGCACGCAAGCAGAACUCGUGUUGUGAGGUCAUGUGAUCGCGAUGAAGUAUCUGAUUGGACUGGACUCUUCGGCCACCUCUCCUCUCUGAUUUUCUAUUUUUUUCCCCUCUCUUUCUCUCUGUCCUGGUGUGGGCUGGUGCUUUUAUCAUGCAGCAGUCAUAGCGAAUACAUGAGAGAAACCAUCCAACGGUAUACAAUGACAGGCUCAGAGGGGGCUGAUUUCCCAUGAUGCACCACACUUACUCUGCCGUCGGUUUUCAUGUUGUGUGAGAACUUGGUUUUCUUCAGCGGUUCCUCAGGGUCUGGCACAAGCUCAAAACGGAUACGGAUAAAAGCAUAGAGGGGCUCGAGUCAAACGUCCCCGCUGUGCCUUAGACACAAGUGUGUUGAUAUCAGACUGUUUAUUUAGCCUUAUCAACGAGAACAUGUGAGUGAAAAUGCUGCAAUCUCUAUAUUUAAACCCAUUAUUCGGCUUUGGCAGUUUUGAAGCGCCUUGUAGAGUGAACAUGUAGCGUGAAUUCUUUUUUAAAUGUGACAGCAGUAAACAAUGUGUUAAAUAUCGAUGUGUUUGGAUUCUCAAUCCUCAAUAUUGUGCACCCCAUGAGUGACUGACCAAAUUAAAUGUUUCAAAGUCUGUUUGUGUACUAUUCUAAUACUUUUUUCUCUUGAAAAUGUAAAUAAAUAACUGAAUCAUA